GCGAAGGGGGCCGUCCCUGUUUGAGAUCAGCCUGAAACGAGGCCCGUGCACUUAUUAUCUCAAGAUAUCUUCAAUUUUGACCAGAGUUUGAACCUCCCCGCGCACGUCGACCAUAGAGGGACAAGUCGAAGGCUAUUUGUAAAUAGUGAUUCGGUCAAGAUGGAUGUGUUUAUGAAGGGUAUGUCUAAAGCUAAAGAGGGGCUCGCCGUGGCCGCGGAGAAGACCAAGGAGGGAGUCGCGGUGGCGGCGGAAAAGACUAAAGAAGGAGUCAUGUUUGUAGGAAACAAGGCCAAAGACAGCGUGGGCACAGUGGCUGAGAAGACCACUGGGGCCAUGGGGAACAUUGUUGCUGCCACUGGACUGGGGAAGAAGGACGAGUUCCCAACUGACAUGAACCCUGAGGAGUACGGGCAGGAGGCCAUGGAGGGCCAGGGUGAGGCUAUGCUGGAGCCAGAAGGGGAGACAUAUGACGAGUCCCAGCAGGAGAGCCAGGACUACGAACCAGAGGCGUAAAAGCAUGACUCCAAACCACCAUCCAACCAGCAGCACAAGAAUAUUUAUAAUAACAACAAGGACAGAUACUGAUACAAUUCCAAUUCCACCCCUGUUGCAAAAAAAUCAAAAAAGACAAGCAUUCCCACUGAAAAUGUUCUUCCUUCGAGACAAAUCUUUUAUUAUUAUAUAUUGUAAAUGUCAUGUUAUAAUGUACUGUGUUUGGGUGUAGGUACUUAUUGAACUGUAGGACGUCCUGCCGGUCUCAGUUCCUUGCUUCCCUCCCAAUGAAUUGAGACCAGUGCUGGGGCUCGUGACUAUUUGUGUGUAUCUGUAUUUAGAAGUGUGCAGUAGAUGUUCAUCAGCUUCCAAAUGGCGUGUAACCUUUGGGAGUGUAACAGAUAAUUAUGUUCAGUUGCAAGCAGUUACAGUACAAUAAUAUCCUCUUAAGUGUCUGCCUGUUUGUGGAUCAUUUUGGUUAUUUACACUUUUCUUUUGGAGAUCGUUUUUGGAGUAAGGUUUUGGGUUAUUUUGUUUUUUUUACAUUGUAUCUUUCUAGUUGCUUGUGAUCAUUCCAGUGAAUCUAUCUGUUAGAAAUGAAGUGUACAUGUUUGUGUGCGUGUGUUGGUGUGAAGGUUUUAAAGUCGAUAUUAUGUCUUGAGAUCAUAAUGGUUGUCAUAUCACUAUGUGCUUUAAACUGCAGGACUUGCCCAUAUAAAGGUUUAUGUGUAAAGCCAGACAUAUGAUUCCUCUGUAAAUAAAAACUAAAAAGAAAAACA